AUGGCGCCCAAGAACCAGCCCAGUGGGAGCACCCAGCCAGCCGCAACCACGACCACCGCCACCCCCCAGACUGCCCGCCGCUUCGCCCUCCUCCAGGACCGCUCGCCCCGGCCGACCGGCAAGUUCCUCGUCGUCUCGCCCGCCGAGCUGCGCUCCUACCAGGCAUGGCGCACACCCGAGCAGCAGACCCACUGCCGCACCCUCGCGUCCCGGGCCGAGCUGCCCUUCGUCUACAAGUGCGUCGACUGGAGCACCGCUCGCCAGGGCUUCGAUCUCGUCGCCGCCGGCACCGCCUCCGGACGGAUCUUCCUCGUCACCCUGCCCGACGCCGCCAGGCCCGAGCUCUGCCCGCCGCACCCGAUCAUCAGCUUCGCCGCCGCCCGCGCCGCCCGGCCCUGCAGCGCCAUCGGCUUCUCGCCCUGCGGGAAACUGCUCGCACUCGGGCUCGACAAGGCCGGCCUCCAGAUCUACGACCUCGACCGCUCCAUCCUCGCCCGCUCCCACGCCCUCCCCCACCACGACAAGAGCUCGCUCCCAGCCGACCCGGCCGCCGACCAGCUCGCCCUCGCCCACGCUGUCCAUCCCGACUCCGUCCAUGCCCUCGAAUUCAUAGCCCCCACCCCCGCCUCAGCCCAGCCCGCCAUCCUCGCCGCCAGCUCCUCCAAAAUCAUCGGCCUCUACGACCUCCGCGCUACCGGUGCCAACAAGCCCACCAGCACCGACCAUCCCCCCUCCGCCCCCGCCCACGACUUUGCAGCCGGCCUGCUCAGCCCCGUCUCCCAGUGGCCCGCCCGCUCCGUCCUGGGCAUCAAGGCAGACCCCCUGGUUGCCCAUCGCUUUGCCACAUGGGGCGACGACCGCUAUGUCAAGCUCUGGGACACCCGAAAGACCACCGAAUGUGUCCUCCGAUUCGCCCAAGAGGAGCCCCUCCCGACCACCACCCGAUCCAAGCCCGAGCACUCCGCCCAGAUCCUCUCCCUCACCUGGUCCAAGUCCAGGAAAGGCGUCCUCGCCACCCUCUCCGCCGAUUCCGCAACAGUCAGGAUAUGGGACAUCGUCGACGGCAAUCCGCCCGCCCAGAGUGCACGGAACUGGAGCGACGGGUCCUUGUUGAACCCCUUUGGCUCCAGAAACACCCUCCCCCCCGGCUCCGGAUCCUCCUCCACCUCGCCCGCCUCGUUCCCCAACAACCUGGCCGCCAAUUUCAGGAAGUCUGCCAUCGCCCCUCGAGGCUCGUCCCCCUCGACGUCCCCGAGAGAGAAGCUGCAGCUACCCAACUACACCGUGUUCUCCUCGCGACUGCUCAAGCCGUUCAGCCGGCCGAGCCAGGCCAUCGUGGCCGCCCACAUGCCCUCCCUCCCCGACACCCGCCCCUCCUCCGCCGCACUGCUCCCCGAAUACGCCUGCAACCUGCUCAGCAUCUCCCGCGAGGGUCAUCUCGAGUUCGUCGAAUCCAAGUCGCCCGGCGAGGCCAGCUUCGGAUCGAGAGGCCAAACGGCCUACUCGGAUGGCGUCCGGCUCAGGAUCGAAUGGCAUCCUGUCAAACACUCCACCGACCGUCCACAGCCUCUUACCCACAACACCUCGUCCAUCCCCAUGUCUGCCGAAAGCUCUAAUACCAACCCCUUCCAAUCACCUCAGCCGUUACAUCCCGAUCCCCAACAACAACAACAACAACAACUCCCUAUGGACCUCAAGACGUGUUCCUUCCAGGACGUUGCUGAACUAAGACUGGCCAAUAAGUUCGGAAGACAUCUCGUCGGGAUGCCCAAUCCAAUCGGCAAUCCUCCGAUCAGCUUGCCGACUACUACUGAGCCCAACCCGGGCCCCUUGAAGAAUGACAUCUCGAUGAUCAUGAUGAAACGGGCUAUGAGCGGAUACGGCUCCAACCCAUUGAAAAAUGAGCAUCUGGUCAAUGGCGACCCAGUCUUGGGCGCCUUCUGGGAAUGGAUCACCCAUUCCGAUAAACUAUCCCAACAGGGAACGGGGUUAGUCAAUGGCUAUGAUUUCAGCUUCCAAGGCGUGCUUGCCAUCAUGAAAGGAUUCUUGCCCGUAGAUCAGCAACAACAGCAGCAGCAGCAGUUGGUAGACCUGGGGACACCAUCGCCGUCACAGCGACGAAGCGCCCAAACGACGACACCGGUGGACCAGUUCGGAGGAGAGUUCUUCAACAACAGGAAGAGUCCGAAACAGAAGCCGGCCAACAGCCAUCCGAGCCCAAGCUACACCAAGCAGCUCUCGCAGUAUCUGAAAGCCUUGCGGACGUUCAACCAUAGCCACCAAGUCGAGAACUUCACCAUCUCCUCCGAGUUCAGCGACCAGCGCCAGACCGCCCUCUUCCUGUGUGGCCCGGACUACAACUCGGGCAAGAUCGAGGAAGUGCUGAGCAAGUACGAACGGAUGGGCAUGUAUGGAAAGGCCUGUGCGAUCGCCCUCUUCUCUGGGAACACCCAACGGGCCAUCGCCAGUCUUCAGCGAAGCGACGAUCUGCAGUUACGCACGCUAGCCCCGCCGCUAGCGACACAUUUGAACACCCAGCGACACGGCCAAGCGCGAGACCCGAUCUUCGACCAAGUGUGUCGCCAGCUGUCGGACGAGCGGACGUCGGAGCCGUACCUGCGGGCGAUCUUUGCGUACUGCGCGACGGGCGACUGGCACGAGGUGAUUGACGAGACGGGGCUGCCUCUGAAAGACCGGCUCGCGGUCGGGCUGCGGUUCCUGAGCGACGAGGAGAUCUUCCAGUGGCUCGAGGACAGCAGUCGCGAUGCGGUCCUGUCGGGCGAUCUGGAGGGCAUCCUGUUGACUGGGCUCAGCCAGGCCGACCUUCUCGGCAGCAAGAGGACCGAGGAGCCCGCGGGCGCCGAGCCUGCCAAGAAGGCGCGCGCCGGCCAGCCGCAGCCCGACGAGCCCGGCCUUCUCGGGCCCGGGUUCCGGCUCAUCCAGACCUACGUCAACCGGACCGGCGACCUGCAGACGGCCGCCUUGGCCAGCCACCUCGUCGUCCCUCCCACCAGCUCCACUGGUAGACACAGCCAGACGGUGGCCGAACGGUGGGUGGACAGUUACCGACGCCUGCUCGACCGAUGGGCCCUGUUCACCGUGCGCGUCGAGCUCGACAUCUCCCGCGGCCUCAAGGCCCGCCAGACCCUCUCGUCCGCCCAUUCCAACACCACCGCCAAUGCGAGGAUGGGCCCCCAGACCGGCCGCGAUCAUCGCGCGCCUCCCCAGCUCUUGCUCCGCUGCCAACACUGCCUCGAAGUGCUCUCCGACGCCCCCAACGUCCUUGCACAGCUCCGCGCCAUCGCCGACCGCAACCCGCCCGUCGCCUCCGUCGCCCUCCCCCUCUCCUCGUCUGUCGCCUGUCCGUCGCCUGUGGGCUUCUCCACUACUAAUUCAACUGCCUCUGCGCCGCCAACGACGACGACGACGAUGACGGCAAAUGGCUCUGCUAAUCCGCUCCUCGCCUCCUCGUCCAGUAAGAAGAACAUCGCAGGCGCCGGCCCGCCCGGCGCCCACAACAAACAGACGAACCGGUGUCGGAUGUGUGGCAAAGGGCUGCCGAAGUGCUCGGUCUGCAUGAUCCCGCUGACGAUCAAUGACGCGCGGACCGCCUCCAUCUGGGCCUGGUGCCAUCGCUGCAGACAUGUCGGCCACGCCGACCAUCUCGCCUCGUGGGCCCGUCGCGGAAACACACUGUGUCCUGUGGCCGGCUGCGACUGUGUCUGUUGGGACUCUUCUUGCAAAUAA